AAUCACCGAAACGACACCUCAAUUUCUUUUGUUCUUUCUCUCUCUUUUUCGUGCCCCCUUCCCCAUAACACAUUUACAUUUUAUAUAAACCAUCCUUCAACUCUGCUUAUUGUUCACCAAAAACAUUACACACAUUAUUCAUAGUCUUUUAUUAUUUUGUUACAUAAUUAAUACAUACACUCUAAGCUAUGGGGGUAAGCUCACAAACUCUAGAGAUUACGGUUAUUUCCGGUGAAAACGUUCAUGUGAAGGAGGAAUCAUACGUCGUCGUUCGAGCUGAGUCACUCAAAUCUUGCACAACAAAACCAGCCAAAAACACUGACAUUAUCAUCAACAAUAAUCAUACCUCAAGUUUGAUUUCAUGGAACGAGAAGUUAUCGCUUGAGAUUCCAAUGCAUGCAAGGUCCAUCACGUUUGAGGUUCAAUGCAAGAAUUCAAGAGCAAGUAGUGCUAGACCCGUUGGGGUGGCAAGGAUUGCUAUUUCGGAUAUAUUGUUGGAUGGUUCUGAUGGGUUCGGCGGCGACAGCAACGGCGACAAUGUGCUGAGUUAUAGGUUGAGGGAUUGGGAUGGAAGGAGAAAUGGAGUUAUUCAUUUCUCCGUGAGGAGGAUGACGGCGGCACCACCGGUCGAAAAUACGGUGAAGGAGUUGGUGGAGGAUCAGAAAAAGACUAAGAAGGAAUCUGGUGAAGAAGUUGUUCUUGGAGUUCCGGUAUGGUGGAACUACCCUAAUAUUAUUAUUUGAUGAUUUAUUAUUUUGUUAUUUUUUUAAUAUUUUAUAUUUAAUUAAGAGAUGUUAUUUUUAUGUAUUUUUAUUGGUGGAAAUUCAAGUGCAGCCAACUUCACGUAAAGUUUAUAACUGAGAGUCGUUAGAUAAUUUGACUGAUUUGACUAAAUUUUCAUCUAACGACUCUCAGCUAUUAACUUCACGUGAAGUCAACUCCACCCGAAUUUUCACCAAUUUUAUUACCAUAAAUGAUAAAUUUUUUAUUUUUUAUUUUUUAUUUAUUUUUAGUUAUAUACACAAAAUUAAAAAAGUGGUGUAUAAUAUAUAUUGUAAUUACAAGAGGUUUGUUAGUUGGUCAAAGUUCAUACAAAGUCAGCUUGAAUUGAAAUUUAUUGCGAUGAAGGCUUGUAAUAAGUUGUUAUGGAUGUUCAAUGACUUCAAACUUGUAACCUCCUCCUUAGUAUAUAUUCCGUCUCUUUUGGUAUGCUCAAAAUAUUAAUACAGAAGUCUUACAUAAGUUGAAUUUAUUUAA